UAUAUCUACAUAAUGGUAGUGCGAUAUUAGUUCUUCGCAGUUCUUCGCUAGUCGCGUUGAGAAACGCUUCGCUACAAUUGACGUAUUUGCUACGUAUUUCUAUGAAAUACGCUAGACACAUCAAAGGAACUUCUUGGAUCAACUGCCGAGCAAAAUAAUAUUGUGAAAUCCAGACUAACAAUUCUCUGGACAACAUUAAUAAGAUGAUGAGACUGCCUAUUCUUUUAACGCUUUUGUAUUGCUUUUGCGUCGAUGUUAACUACAGCAGGGAAAUAACUCAUGAAGAUAUUAAAGAUGCUAUGUUAAGCUUAGUACACAUGAUGCGAGAAAAUACGGAAAAAUUGGAAAGACACGAAGCUAGAGAACGACAACUGGGCGAGCAAUUGAAAAAGACAAUAACCAUCCUGACGAAACGUGUGUCCGUUGUGGACGGCCUGAAAUUGCAGUUAACAAAAUUGGAUGAGAGGAUCUCAGGAAUAGAGCAUCUAAUUGCACAAAAGGAUGAGAGAGAGAGGAUACAGAUGCAAAAGACUGUUGACAGUCUAGAAGAUCUGGAGACUCGCUUAGAGAGUUGGUUCACUAAUAUCGAAAACAAGGUAACAGAAAUAAACAACUAUAAGGUUACACCUGCACCAGACAGUAAUCUUCCUGAUGUUCUUAACAAACUAAAUGAAAUAGAAAAUAACUUAAUAGUAGAAGUUGCAAAGUUCAAAGAAAAUCUGGAUAAUAAUAUAGUAAAGGUAGAUAGAGAAUCCGUUGCGCUAAUGGAGAAGACACAUUCAAUUUUCUCUGAGAUACAGCGUGUAGCCGCCAGAAUUGAAGAGCUUGAGAAAUCUCUGGAAAAAAUAAAACAAAUAACGCAGAAUGUUCAGGAGAGACCGUCAGAACGACAAUUGGAUUUGUCUCCAGUCUUCGAUGAUCAUGUUAGAACAUUAGUACAAGUGCAAGAAAUGCUAGAAAACACUUCUGACAUAUUACGUGAAUUACCCAGAAUAAACGAAGUGCAGACGCUCCAUAAUGAAACUCAAGUUAUGCUGCAGGAAACUAAACAUGCGUUGAAAGAUAUCAUAACACAAAGUAUUGAUAAUAUCGAUGAUAGAAUAGCGGAAACUAAGGAAGAAAACAAAAGACUCGAUAGCGGCUUACGGAUGGACUUGGCCAAUAAUGCAGAACGUGUUAAUCAGGAAUUGCAAAAUCUGGAGAAAGGUCAAUCAGUUAUGGUUUCUAUGGCCGAUCAUGUACUGGACACGAAAAGGGUAGAGUAUGGCGUACAUCAGAUCCUAUUGGAAGUGGGCGACCUUGUGAAGACCCAAAGCGUUAAUAUUAACAGUACUCUUAAUCAAAGAUUCGAUGGAAUUUCAAAUGACAUUAUGGAUAACCAGAAUGGUGCUUUAGCAAAUCUUACUGACAAGAUGGAACAGGAAAUGAAUAAAGUCUGGCGGCAGAUUAAUGUGAUGUAUCAGCAGAUGACGGAAAGUGCUCGAGCUCUAGAUAAGUUGCAUCAACAAAAUGAAGCUUAUGUUAAUAAUACAACAUUUACUAUGGGUGGAAUGGAGAAUAAGGUGGGCGAGAUAACGAAACGCAUGACAGAAGUAGAUGAAAAUUUGAAUUAUUUGCUUGGUCGCCUAUCUUUGGUAACGCAGGAAUUCAAUCAGAUUAAAACAGGUUUAGGAAAUGCAUUGGACAACAUUAAAGCUUCUUUCAAGGUAGUUCAAGAAAAAACAUUAGAUCUGACUCAUCCAGGUCCUCAUCCGCUCCCGGAAAACUAUAAGAAUCCAAACGAAUCUGAAACUAGAAAGCCAGAUGGUAAGCCUCCGUUGGAUUUUGCAAGUCACAUUGCCAAUAUACCUUCUAAUUAAUCUCAAAUUAAUAGAUAUUUAAAAUAUACUAAUUGACUACAUUUAUUCUUUGAGAAAAUAUAAAAUUUCGUAAGCA